AAUAUCAUACAGACAGAGACAGGCAGAGAAACAGUGGUGUCAGAGCAUCUGACUUUAAACCCAGAGCCAGGUGAAGACAGAGCUGGAGGGCCUUCUACAACCAGUGGGUCUACUGCUGCAGGACCCCAAACACCUGGAUCGGAACAACAGGGCCUAGAGCACAGGAGGAUGGAAGAAGAGAAGGGGGAAGAGGAUGAGAAGCAAGAGAAGGAGGAGAAAGAGGAAACCAGCUCAGCUGCCUUGGAGCCUAGCAGUUUGCCGUGGCCGGGAGACCGAGAGAUGGAGCGAGAGGGAGAGAAAGGAAGUGUAGCGUCCGAGAGAGAGGGGACUGAAGGGGAGGAGGAGGAGGAGGAGGAGGAGGAGGAGGAGGAGGAGGAGGAGGAGGAGGAGAGGGGGGUAGAGACCAGGGAAGGGAGCCAAGAGCUUCUGGAGGGACAGGAGAGCCAGCCAGAAAGUGAGCGAAAGGCAAAAUGGAGAGAGAGCAUGCCGGAGGGAGAGAGAUGGACGGAUGAGGAGGUGGAGGGAGGCCAAGAUGAGGAAAGGGAUGGUUCACUUGCAGAUGAUGAAGAUGAGGAGGAAGGCCCAGUGAAUUGGAUGCCAGAGAAGGCUACGCAGGUCUUCACUCCGACAGUGAUAGUGCGUCCAUCUAGCAAACGGGAGGAGUUCCCGCUCGAAAAUAGCCAGUAUGAGGAGAUGGACACUGAGAAGAGUUCUUUCUUAGAGCCCCAGCCACAUACAGCCCCACCAGUAUACUACUACCCACAAUGGACAGAGGAGCCGGACAACUACACACGUAUGUACCAGUGCCGGACCAAUACCAUUUAUGUCAAUUGGGGUCAGUUCCAUUUCAGUUCUAAUCAGUUCAGGGAUUGAAGUGCAUUACUAUAAAAAAAACAUUUGUCAUUAUGUUGAAUUUUCCAAAAAAUGUAUGGUACAUUAUUGUUUAUCUGAUCCAUUCCCGUCUGAUUAUUGUUUAUCUGAUCCGUUCCCCCUGAAGCUAGGACAACAGAGUCCCUGCCCAUCUUCAGAAACAUCUGAAACCCUACCUCUUCACAGAGUAUUUAAAAUAAUCCCACAGCGCACCCACCUCCUUACUAGCUCUGAUUUGCUGAUAGCUACUUUGAGGAAAAAUGUAGUUACUAUGACUGUGACAUGUGGUUGUCCACUCCCACCUAGGGCGGCAGGUAGCCUAGUGGUUAAGAGCAUUGGGCCAGUAUCCGAAAGGUUGCUGGUUCGAAUCCCCGAGCCGACUAGGUAAAAAUCUGUUUAUGUGCCCUUGAGCACGGUACUUAAACCUAAUUGCUACCGGAUAAGCGUGUCUGCUAAAUGAUGUAAAGAUCGAUGUUAAGAUCGAUGCACUAACUAUGUCGCUCUGGAUAAGAGCAUCUGCUAAAUUACUAAUGUAAAAAAAUAUAGAUGUACUGUAUAUCUCUAUCAUGUGUCUGUAUAUUGGUAUGAAAAUUGUCAUGUAAAAUAUGAGGUAAGAGGAAGUCUACAAUAUUUCCUGUUGUCAUCGACCAAAGAAAUGUCUGUAGUUUAAAAAAAUAUAUUUUAUCUUAAUUUGUUUUUAUUAUAUUAUAAUAAUAUUUUUUAUUUUAAAAACACUAUUUUCCCCUUGUUUGGCUGUAGUUUAAUUGAACCCAGAUUCCUCUGUUAUUUAGAUAUGUGUGGUUGCGGUGAUGUUCUGAAACUUGGCCUGGGCAUUGGUGCUGCAGCUAUUAUAUUCCCUCUACUUGUGUGGGGCGGCUAUGCCCUCUUGCCCUUUGAUGCCCCGCCACUGGACAGCGCCCCUCUCAGGCUGGUGUACACACUACGCUGCUCCUUCUUUGCUGUCAUACCCAUCAUGCUAGGUAAGACUGUGGACCAUUAGGGUUGGGCUGCGAUAUGGCGUUAUCGCCUAUCAGCGAUUAAUAGACUCAUAAUGUGUGUUACUUCUUGCUCUUGGCAAUGCUAAUGUACUCAUGUAUGCAUUGCUUUGCUGUGCCUCACUUUUGUCUCAUUCAACCUCCCAAUCGUCCUCCCCCCCCCCCCCCCCCCCCCCCCCUCUCCCUUGCACUGUCCCCCUUUCCUCCUCUCCUCCCUCUCCCCUCCCACCCCCUCUCCAGGUGUGCUGGUGCAGGGGGUGGCGCGGCUGCACUAUGGCGCCCUAAAGCCCCUUUACGAGGGCAAGGUGGGGGAGGAGAGCCGGGAGGUGGCGGUGCACCGGCAUUAUGUGGGCGACUCGCUCUCCCUCUUCCUGCUCUACUUCCUGCAGCUGGCCGUCAUGGCGACCUACAUCAGCCAGGACCUGCUCAAGAUGGUGCCCCUGCUCACCAUCGUCUUUGCAUUCGGCAGGUGAGUGUGAAAUGUGUGUGUUUGUGUAUGUUCAAUACUCGGCCUCAGUGGUGGCAGCGCAUUCUACACUGGAUGUUCACGUUUAUUAGCGUGUGUCUGGUUAUGUGCAUUCACUCUGCAGUUAGCAGAGAUGUAGCUGACGUGGAAUCACUAGAUAGUCAGACGUUUUGAGAUUGGGCAUACCUCUGCAGUGUAGUCAGCCUAAAACGUCCCAUUGUUCCUCUUUCUCAACAAGGGCCAUGGCUUUUGUGGAGGGAUAGGUAAUGCUGCUUCGUGGGUGCAGAAUGGGUUGUGUUGUGCAGAUGGGGCCUGGUGUGUGUGUGUGCGUGGGUAGUCGCAUUCCCUUAUCACCUGAUCCAUACUUUCACUUAACAUUGUUAUCCUUUUAUAAUGUUUGUAAACGCUUGAUACGUUCUCUGUAUAUUAUCUCGAUGUUCUCUGACCCGUAGAAUGAUCGGGUAUUCGUCUUUCUGUAUUCGUUUAUUAUUCUGCCCCGCCUUUGGGAGAUUUGAAUUUGUCUUGGCAGACUGGAAUGUUGAUGUUUUCUGUUAGCAGGAAGUAUCUUUAAAUUACUAUGUAGUCUACCUUAAAAGUUUAGACUGGGGCAAUAUGACAGCGCGUACUAAUAUUCACUGAAUAUGGGCGAGUUUGUUUAACAUGGCCAGUGCCGCGGGUGGGCAGUUUGCAGAUUUUAGACCAUUCCAUUGGUCCUUAAGUGAAAUCUCCACCCACCCGGGCACUGGGCCGUGCAAAACGAACUCGCCCCAUGUAUUUUCUUCUAUAGGCUGAACUACUGGGUUCAUGUGACCCAAUUGGCUGAUCUUGUUGCGAUCUCUCACCCUACAGGCUGAUCUACUGGGUGUGUGUGUCCCUAGGCAGCAGUGUGAGGGGGUUGGGCUUCGGCCUCUCCUUCCUGCCCAUACUGGCCAUGCUGGGUGCCAACCUCUACUUUGUGUGCUCAUCACUCAGUGAAGGGGCUGUCUUUGAUGUGGCCCCGCCCACCACCGCCCCACCUCCCAGGCAGAGUUGGUGGGGCUAAUGAGGAAGAGGAGUAGAUAUGCCCAAUCCUGAAGCCUAACUGGACCCCCAGUCCCUAGACACUUGUGUAGAUCUGAAAAGAUUAGAUAUGAUAGGGAUACAUUUCAUGGGAAUAUGUCCACUUUGCCUUCUGAUAGACCAGGGGCAUGCUCAGUAGGCAAACAUUGUGCAACCUUGCAGAUAGAAAUGUAUUCCUUACUCUACAUGUCAGAGAUGCAAGUGUGUUCUCCACAAUAUAACACACAUUCCCCAAUGUUUUUCCCUACUGAAGAGUUGGUUUGAAAUAUUGUUGGUACCCAUUCAGCUCUACACAACUGUCAUGGUGUUGAUUUGGAAGGAGAGAGGGAAAAAUAAUCAAGUUAAUCAGCUUGGAUUUCACCUCCAUCUGAAACAUAUUGGAUUGCAUUUGCAGUGGUUUAUGGCAAAAUGGACAAUGCAACAGUUAGCUACCCCAUUGAAGUUACGUGUAAUUAAAGUAAAAAUGUAUGCACGCAUGACUGUAAGUCGCUUUGGAUAAAAGCGUCUGCUAAAUGGCAUAUUAUUAGUAUUAUUAUUAUUAAAGGAUUGUGUGCUAUGAAGUGUCUUAUGCCAUACAUAAGCCAAAGAGGAAAGGACCAUCCAUAAAAGAAGACAUGUAAGUCCUGGGUCGUGUUCAUUAGGCACACAACGGAAAAUGUUUAACAUUCUUAUUGGACAAGUCCAGAUAGUUUGUCCAUUUUCCUCCGUUUGUUGCCUAAAACAACUUUGUGCAGUAAAUCCUUAGUGUUUUAUUCCUACCUCUUGGCUUUGGUGAAGGCAGGUCCAGGGCCUCACUGGAAGGUUUCGGAAUGCACUAUGACAUGACUAGUCAGCACUAGACGGUACAUCCUGAAGGGGGGAGGGGGAGGGCGCCUUUCCCGAAAUUAUUUACAAUUAUGAAGAACUGAGUGCCAACUUUUCUGAAGUAUAAACCUAAUGCAGAGUUUAUACCUUUUUUUGAAGGAAUAAAACAAAGUCAAUGCUGAUAAUUAUAUAUUUCCAACUGUGCAAUGUUUACUGCAUUUAUUUCAUUUCUACAUUAGUACAGCAUUUAAUACUCUCACAAUGGAUGGGAAUGAAGAGUAGGAUGUCAAUGAGCCAUUUAAUGCAUUGUUUUAUCGUGAUUUUUCUUUAAUGCCUACACGCAAUAAUGUUCCUUAUGUCUGUACAGUACCAUAACCAAUGCACAUACAGUACAUUGUCCUGUUUGUAUAUGGCAGCCAGCUGAUA